GUAUCCAUUCCACAUGCGUCUUGACUGACUUGUAAACACUGAAGGUUGGUCGUCAAGUUUUAGCUACUAUAAAUACUUUAUCAGUCUGUCUGCGGAGUUGUUUACGCUAUUACAAAUAACAAGGCAUUGUUAAUGUGGCUUGAACUCUUUCUAUGCAUCAUCCCGCCUUUCAUGGAAAGCUAGCUUCGAACUUCUAACACGGAUGCACGUUUGAGUCAUGCCUCUGCUCAACUAUCAUAGAGGGUCCAUAUCAGAUGCAUGCAACAUUUAUUUUGCCAAAUAAAAAUUAUGCAAACUAGCGAGAAUACGUGGCGUCAUGUUUUGCAGUGACUCGGAGAAAAGUGGGCACGCUCCUCGCACUUGUCCAAACCUGCAGUAGAAAAGUUACACAUUCACCUAACGCGUUUUUGAGAAUAGUUUUCGGAAUGCGUUGACCUACAGGUAAAGUCAGUAAUUAAGCACUAAAGCAACCUGCUAUAAAUCUCUUGGGUGUGUCUGCAAUCUCGUUCCUCUGCUUGGGGGAUGAAACUGAGCUGACACCUGUCUGUUCCAUUAUUUUUCUUCCUCACAGAAGAGGAUUAAAAAAAAACUAAGCAUAGGCCUACCAAAACGUGCUUCAGUCUUUGCCAAGUAGGCUACAGUUCAUUCCUACAUGCGUAGCUUGUCUUGCAAUCAUGACUAAUUGAAAAUAGCCUAAUCUAAAACAUUUUAGGUUGUCAAUAAGGAGUUUACUUUAUUUCUUGGGAACUUCAUAAUUACCCACACAUCAGAGAUGCAGACUGAUGAACCUAACCUAAACCCUUACAAAGAUGACCUGCCCCUCCGGGCGAACACUAACCACAUGCUGGUGAAACAUUAUGUGUUGGACCUGGAAGUUCACUUUGACCGUAAAAGCAUCAGUGGUAAUAUAGUCCUCUUCCUUGAGCCGGGCAAAGGAGCUCUUACAGAGAGGUCUGACAAUGAUGACAACACUAAGCCUAGUGAUCAAGCAGCAGAAAUGAAAGAAAGUGACCUCCGCUUGUACUCCUCUUCCUCAGAGGAGCAGACAAAUCUGCAACCCCAACCACACCAGUUUUGUCUCAGUAAAUCUGCUGAAAGUCAAACAGCAGGCAAAGUGCUGCAGGACUAUGAUGACGAUCAACAAGUUGAAGAACAUAAUGCUGCAGUGUCAUCAUGGGGGGAAGAGGGCGCAAGUAAAGACUUCACAUUAGUGUUAGACUGCUGUGACUUGACAGUAUCAAAGGUGGAGGAGGUGGAUGUAUCAUCAGUUUCAGGUAUGCGCAUGAUGCUAAAAAACAACUCAGAACAACAACUUCCUCAAGUGGAGGGUCUCUCCGACUCCUUCACACCGGUGGACAGACUGCUGGGCAUGCCCCCCACUCGUUGGCAGGAGCAGCACGACUUGUACCUCCAGUGCAGUACCGCCCCUUGCCCAGGGAUGGCAGCGCCUAUCAGCUUCCACACAGACAGCUGGAGCCUGCAGCUCAGAAAGCAGGGAGUGGCCUCUCCGCACGACUUCCCCCGCGUGCUCCGCAUCUGGUACGAGACCCAGGCCAAGGGGGCCUCGGUGAGGUGGACCAGCACUCAGGAUGGCAGGUGCUGCGUGUACACCAUGGGCUCUCCCAUCAACAACAGGGCCCUCUUCCCCUGCCAGGAGCCACCUGUUGCCAUGUCGACUUGGCAGGCCACUGUCACAGCUCCCAGGGAAUGCACAGUCCUGCUAAGUGGGGAGAACCAGGCUGUCCCUGUCCAAGAUGACUCUGGAGUGUCACGUUGGACCUAUUACGUUACCAUGCCGAUGCCUGCCUCCACUUUUACCUUGGCAGUGGGGCUGUGGCAGGAGGCCCGGAUGAAACCUCUCACUGGUCUGCAUGUCCUCACCGAGUCUAAAAACAGCAGUGCAGAGGCCAGCUCUUCAGGCUGUGGUAGUCUGCAGAAGGUGGACCUGAGUGCCAACCAGAGACCCCAGUCCACCCCCACUCCCACCCUCAAUGACCCAGAAGAAGACACCUGCUCCACAGGCAUAGAUUGUCAGGAGAAGGUGAACCUCAGUGCCCACCACCACGGUUCCCAGCCUACCCCCACAUCCACCUUCAUCGACCCAGAAAAAGACGCCUGCUGCUCAGGCAAGGACCAUCUGGAGAGGGUGGAACUCACUGCUCACCAUGGCUCCCAGCCUACCCUCACUGAUCCAGACAGAGGCACCUGCUCGCACGUGGCCUUCCCAUGCCGCUUCACCCAGGACCAGGCGUGGCGUGAGGCUGUGAUCCCCCACCGGGUCUUCUCUCCAGCUUCCCUCCUACAGCAGGUGGAGGCCAAGAUGCUGCCUAUGCUUCCUGCCUGCCUGGCUGCCGCCCACUCCGUCCUGGGUGUGCACCCCUUCUCUCACCUGGAUAUCCUCAUUGUCCCCUCUGGGUUCUCCAGUCUGGGAAUGGCAAGCCCCCAUAUAGCCUUCCUGUCCCAGAGCGUGCUGGCUGGGCCGCAGGACCUGUGUGGCUCUCGGCUGUGCCACGAGAUCGCCCACGCCUGGUUCGGCCUGGCCAUCGGGGCCCGCGACUGGACUGAGGAGUGGAUCAGCGAGGGCUUCGCCACCUACCUGGAGGACGUGCUCUGGGCCAAGGCUCAAAAGCUGGCUCGUGGUGAGGAGGAGGAUCAGCUGCAUCUGAGGGCUGUGUUGAGAUGGAGGCGUCUGCAUGAUGAACUGCAGAACUCUGAACAGGAACUACAGAUCCUCAGGCCUCACAAAGAGAGCACCGGCGUGGUGUCCGAGUCAGGGGCCUCCACCGUGAAGCACGGGCUGAAUCCAGAGAAGCCAUUCAUGCAGGUCCACUACCUUAAGGGCUAUUUCCUGUUGAAGUUUCUGGCCGGCUUUGUGGGGCACGAUCAGUUCCUGGGCUUCCUGCGGCUGUUUGUGAGAUCGUACCACGGCCAGCUCGUUCUCUCUCAGGAUUUCUUGCAGAUGCUCCUGGAUCACUUUCCAGACAUGAAGAGACGGGGCCUCUCACUGCAGGGCAUAUAUGCAGACUGGCUGGACGCCCCCGGAAUACCAAAGUGGCUCUGGGAGGAAAGUAGCGCCUGGCAGCAGACACCACUGGUUGCAGAAGUCCAACAGGAGGUCACAAAAUGGAUUCACUUCAUACGCGGUGGCCAUCGACAGGGCGCCAAGCGGAAGAGAGGAGACCCCGCUCUGAAGGUGAACUUCAAAGAGAUGGGUCCAGAGCAGAUCGUGUUGCUUCUGGAGUUUCUUCUAGAAGAGGAGAAGAUGAGUGGGGGUGCUCUACAGGUCCUGGAGAAGACCUACAACCUCAGGAUGCAGGACGCUGAGGUCAAACAUCGCUGGUGUGAGCUGGUGGUCAAGCACAAAUACGCCGCGGCCUACAGGGAUGUGGAGGACUUCCUUAUUCACGACCAGGCCAUGGGUGUGUACCUGUACGGGGAGCUGAUGGUGCAUGAGGACAGCCGUCAGCAGGCUCUGGCCCGCCGCUGCUUCCAGGCGACCAGGGAGCACAUGGACCCCUCCGCCCUCUCCGUGGUGUCCGACAUGAUCCUUUGACCCAACCAAGAGGAGCACUUCCAUCCUCACCUGGGCACGACAGAUACAGUAGGCCUUCAGAGAGACCCGGAAGGAGCCAGAAGCCUGAUAGAAAAAGGACACUGGAGAAAUACAUCUCCAAUCCAUCCAUCUGUCUGUUCUUUCCAUCCCAUGCGACCCAGGCUGCAUUUGUUUCAACAUAAAACAGCAGGUAUAUAGUAUCAAACUGACUGGAAAGAUAUCAAACCAACAAAGAUGGCUUGAACUGAUUUUCUUCUAUCUCAGACAUACAGUAAAAGUGUCUGUUGGUUUACCGGACAUGUUUUAAAGGAAACA